UUUUAAUCGCGGUAGAAGAACAGUGCGGUAAAUCCGACACCGGCACCUUUUAUUAUUUAGUGCUCAGCUUAUAGAAUAUUCUUAACUGGCUAAAACAUUUAGUAUAAGUAACUAAAAGGCUGUAAACCUAAGAAGUAUUUUCUGAAUAAACUUCAAUAACGCGUAAACAAACGGGACGUCCGAACUCACUUAUUUAGUUUUAAAGCAAAUUGUUUCAAGAUCAGGUAGGCUAUCGGAUACUAUCGGUAAUAUGUAUUGCAAAUGUGAGACGUGCGCCGUUUAUUUCAAUCUAUUGACAAUUUUUUUUCUCUUUUUGUAGUAGUUAUGUACGUUUAUAUAUUUACAUAUUUCGGGUUCAUUGUGUCUUGCCUGAUGCCCGGUAAAAAUUUUGUCGGUGCAGCUAAAUUGUAUAGAUUUAUUCCGUUAUCUACAUUAGGCUAUAGUUUACAUUUAAUGUACCCUUUUUCAUCUAAAUCCUAUACAGCCCGGCGCCAACGUAAAGUUAUGGUAAUUUUACUCCAAUUGGGAUUUCCUGUCUGAAACAGGGGUAGCCUAUACCGCAAUUCAGAAUUAUGGAACAAACUGCUUUGUUUGCGUCAACCUGAAUAAAUAAAAUACAAAGGUGUAUUACUGAUUAGCCCCAGUGUGGUUUACAGUCUUUUAAAAUUAAUUGUCUGAUUUACAGUAACUUGAUUUCAUAUGGUUACCGAAAUUAACCGUAACCAGUUCACAACAAAGAGUAAAGGAACUGGCCGGUAAGUAGGCGAUGCUGGCCUCCGCUGGCCUCCGCUGCUCGGCACCUCUUUAAUGCUCUGCUUUUAGUUAGCCUGGAAUUUUAACUACUUCUGACUGAACCAUACCGGAUAGACUUAACUUAUUCUUCCAACAUUUCCUGUUUUCUGCCAGGUGUCUUACUUGUACAACCUGGUUAGGAAAAAGACAUUGAUAGACACCGUUUGUGAGCUUGUGUAUUGUCUGGGUAUUUAAAUAUAUAAUACAUAAUCUCCAUUGCAAAGUAUUCUUCCCAGUCUAUGUCCCCAAGUUAUUAAUUUUCUUUUCUUCUUUACAAGGUAAUCUACAACUGAUGAACCAGUCUGUGUAACAUGAGAAUAAAUCUGUAACUAACUGUACUUGCCGAAUUCUAAUUGCUUAUUAUGUAGCCUGUUUCAUGUACAGGGAUGCUUGUUUUUUGCAACAUAUUGCUAUUAAGUGGUUGGAAGAAUUAAACUCUGGAAGCUCCGGUGAUAUCCCAAGCCAUGACUUGUUUUACUUGAACAUGUGGGUUUGUCUAAUGUUAUGUGAGUGAUGUAAUUGAGUAAAUAUCUCGGACCACAGUGCAGGUUUUCAAUGAAUAAGUUUGAGUGCACAAGUCUGAAACAGUGAGGGUAUUGUUUCCUGGCCUGUUACCUGUGGCCAGACAAAGAUGGCUCUGCUCCCUCGUGCUGGGCUCUCGAUAGCUGAUGCCACUACAUUACUUUGUGACCAGGUGUGCGGAACUUUGACUUUACUCUUUCCAGACGUGUUGAGGAUUUUUUUUGUUUCUUUCCUGACUAGACUUUUAAUAGCCCCUGGCUGCCCCGCUUCACCAAGUCAUGCUCAUAUUGCCUAGGCAAGUGUAAGGCUUCCUUGUUGCUGUAUACUCCAGUUUAACAAAGUAUGCAGGACCAUUGAUGUUCACUUUGAAGUCGGCCUCAGCUGAAAUGUUAUGUACUCUGCCUUAGAAAUGAGAACACCACACCUGAGUUACGAUAGUAUUGUUUCAAAUCCUUUUUUUCCUUAUUGUUCCAAGCAGGGAUGCGUGUCUAAAAACCUGUAGUCUUAAGCACAUCUUGACACCAGCCAAUGGUUCAUCAACCGUAACUUUUCUCCUUGGAUUUGAGGGGUUUUCAGUGCCAUUAAAUCGGAUGGAAGUAGCUCUUAUUUUGUUUAGACCGCUAUCAUCUUUUGACUUAUUUGGGCUGUCUUACUGUGACCCUGUCUUAAGACAGGUAGUAUGAAAAGUGGGAUGUAACAAGAUAGGGUAGGUUAUAGGGCAAUUGUGGGCAUGCUAAGGGAAAAUUAAGUUGACCUCUAUGGUUUUUCUAGCAUGUGAUCAGGGCUAUCUCCUGUAAACGCACUCUGGACAGAGUCUGCACACAGCUGAUUUAAAAAUUUAACACUGCAGCCUUAGAUGUGUGUGACAAAACUCUUUGCUGAGCUUCUGUGCCGUUAAGAGUGCUUUUUAGGGAAGUAUACAUAUGGCCAUUUAUUUGCCUUAACUUGCGUCCAGUGUAGUUCUUGCUCUCAACAAAGCUUUCAGGAAUUGCGCCUCACCCUCCAGAGCCACAGUAUUAUGGCUUAACAAGUUCUUGUUUGUUCCUCAAAGUUGUGUGUGCCUACUGUGUGGUUGGAGCCCCCCAAAGUACAAGCCUUGCUUGCACUACAUAACCGCAGAGGCUUGUAAUUAUCAGUGCGGCGGCUACCACCUGGACCCCACCUGUGAGAGGAAAGCCUCUCGUGGCUGGGUGGGUGGGUGGCUUCCACAAGCCGCUCCACAUAUGUUUGGUUUUUUUCGGGCAGCACAUCUGAAUGAGGUCCUUCUGAGAGCUGGCCUGGAGUGUUGUGGGGGAGGGGUGAGGACUGCUAAACUGCUUAACCCCCUCCACCUGGUCCUCCUCGAAUGAGCUGUGUUUCUCCUUCCUCUUUGGCUUGGUUGGAUGGCUGAAACUAUUACACUUCCUUAUUUUGUCAUUCCGUUGUCAAAAUUUGUCACUCUUUGUAACUUUAUCUUUACGCCUGCUUGUUAUGAUCUUGUCGGGUAAUUCUAGAAGUAAUGGGCUCUUCUGCUUCCUGUUAGCAAUUUGGUGUGAGUGUCAGGCAUGCUGACACAGAUCUCCUCGUCGUUUCGUCUCCAGCACCAGACGAUUGACUAAUUACACCGACACAAAUGCACACCCUUUUAUAGCUUUAGGCAGAAAUAACAGGUGGCAACAUUGGGAACUAGUUUGAAAGAUUAUGAUUUAUUGGGUGUGCCUGUGAUUUUUGGUUGCCUACUUCUUGAAUCUUGAUGAGGAACAACUACUUCUGACGCAAACGCUUGUGACAAUGAUUUUUGCGGCACCUUCAAAGUUUGUAAGUGGCCUUUUCAUAGUUAUGAUGUUGUUACCAGUUUCCCCCUCUAGAUGUCUCUCACUUGACCAUUAUUCUGUGAAAGGUGGCUACUUGCUGAGGCAUUGACUUCCAAUUGGUCAACAAAGGUGGAAAUUUCAGGUCCAGACUCAACUGGUUGGUUGAAAGAAAAUCUUGUUCUGGGCCUUGUAGGUGGGGUGGAUUGAGCAGUUUUAUCGUCUUGAGACAUCAAAUAUAACAUUCUCUCAGUUUUUUUUCUUAAGUACUUACUGUGAAAUCGCGAACCUGUACCUUUCUUUGUGGCUUAUAUUUUAUGGUGGAUGUUGAGGUAACAUUUAGUUAGCUGUCAGAUUAUUUAGCCUUAUUUCUAGCAAAGUGAACCUGGUGAAGUCUUCCACAUGUUUAGAGCUUGCUACUGAAACCACUUGAACUGCAAGGUAAAGUAUUUGAAUUACAGCACUUGGUGAAUAUUGCCACCAUGUGGAAAAUGUAUCUUUUUUUAAACCAUCAUCAAGAUCAUUUACCAGUGAAUUUGUGUUAGUGUUAAGAGAUUAGCCUUUGUCCUUGGGAAUAAUGAUCUUGUUAAUAUUGUGUGCCUCUGACUUUGGUCAUCCCAUUGAGAGAAAUUGCUGAUGUGCUCCUGUAGACAUCUGGUAGACUGAGAUGAACUGGCCAAAUUUAUGGGCAAAUUGUACAAGUCAGUCGUACCUUCAAAGCCUGCAACUUUCUGCAUUGUAAUACAAAGGCAGCCCUUGUGGUAUUUACAGCCUAUGACCAUGGAGAUGUUCCUUCUCCUUUUCUGUCAGUGGCAGCCCAGCAAAUGAACGGCCUCAUUCAGCAGCCUGUGCCGCUUGUCUCUGCCCUAUCUGGUCUCCCAAGCCUUCCUGUUCCUGUUGCUUUCCUCUACUUGAGAGGAGCACUAAGGUUAUAAGAGGUUUACAGUGAAAGAAGCGCCAUGAGUUGGAGCUUCCUGACGCGCUUGCUGGAUGAGAUCUCCAACCACUCCACCUUCGUGGGGAAGAUCUGGCUGACGCUGCUCGUCGUCUUCCGCAUCGUGCUCACGGUCGUGGGAGGAGAGUCCAUAUACUAUGAUGAGCAGAGCAAAUUUGUCUGCAACACUGGGCAGCCCGGUUGCGAUAACGUCUGCUAUGAUGCCUUCGCACCGCUCUCCCAUGUCAGGUUCUGGGUCUUCCAGAUCAUCCUGGUCACGACCCCCACCGUCAUGUACCUCGGCUUUGCCCUGCACAAGAUUGCCAGGAUGGACGACAAUGAGUAUCGUGCUGGGGGGAGGAAGAAGCUGACCAUCGACCAUAACUCUCUCCGUGAAUAUGAGGAGAUGGAGAAUAAUGGCGAGGAGGACCCAAUGAUCUCGGAGAACAAUGCGAACAAGGAGGAGAAGAAAGAUGAGAAUUCAACAAAGAAGCAUGAUGGAAGGCGGCGGAUCCAGAGGGACGGAUUGAUGAGGGUGUACGUGUUCCAGCUAGUGUCCCGUGUGGCCUUUGAGGUAGGGUUCCUCUUUGGGCAGUACCUCCUUUAUGGCUUUGAGGUGGCGCCCUCCUAUGUAUGCACCCGCAGCCCCUGUCCCCACACAGUAGAUUGUUUUGUCUCCCGGCCCACGGAGAAGACCAUCUUCCUUCUCAUCAUGUAUGCUGUCAGUGGACUCUGCCUCCUCCUGACUGUUCUGGAGAUGCUGCACCUGGGCAUCGGAGGCAUCCGUGACACCUUCCGCUCCCGCUCGUCCAAUCGCAACGCUCUGGCCAGUUCCCGGCCCUCGUUGUGCCGCCAGUUGGCCUCAGCACCCCCGGGCUAUAACACGGCCGUGAAGAAAGAUUCGCAGGGUCGGAUCCCCGGUGGCCUCAAGCCCAAGUUCAGGGACAACCUGGGCGACACUGGCCGCGAGACGUUCGGGAACGAAGUGAACCGCCUGCGCCAGCACCUGAAGAUGGCUCAACAGCACCUGGACCUGGCCUAUCAGAACGAGGGCAACCCAUCGCGCAGCAGCAGCCCAGAGUCUAACAGCACUGCGGUGGAGCAGAACAGGCUGAACUUUGCCCAGGAGAAGCAAGAUGCAGCCUGUGAAAGGGAUCCUGGUCUGAAUGUCACACAAUGCAUUUCCACUCGAACCUUCGAUCUACAGAACUCUCACUCCAUGGAUCGGGAGACGUGCUAAGUCGGCGCCGUUGGACUGCCUACACUGAGUACUGUGUGUCUGUCAAGAGUGUGAUGCAGGGAUUUCUAUAUUUGAAUGUGCCUUACAGUAUUAAGGCCAGUGAAUGUCGAGAGGGAAUACACACAAGCUUGAAAGCUUUACCUCUCGCAGACAAUGCUGGAGAGCAUCUCAUCCUGGCUGGAUGCACGGUGACUAUAUAUCUACAUAGAAUUGGUAUCUAGAUCACCUGCCCAUACCAGUCUUAAACCUGAGGGAAUUCUGUUGCCAUAAUUUGUGCAGGACUCGUAGGCUGGCAACCCACGUGCACCAGAAUGAUUAGUAGUGCAAUGGGGUAUUCCAGUGAAGUCUUUUGUGGUGUUUACAAUUUUUAGUCAUUCCAAAAAGGCUAAACUUUUUUGCCUUCUCCCCUCCUGGGUUUUGUGAUGACUGAAUAAGCAUCAAACUGUCAUCGUUACUUUAACUGAGGGGAUUGAAACUGCAAACUGCUUAGGGCUUCUUGUUCUGUGGGGGAGUGGGACACCCCGUUAAUUAUGCAAUACCCCUUCCCGUGGAAAAUUGUAGCAGGAUUUUUCUCUUUUGCCUAGGUUAGCACUGCAGGAUAUCUCCUUUUUGCCUAGUUUUAGGAAUGCAGUCUACUGCACAGUAUGAGUUAUGAGAAGCAGGUACGUUUUUGUAACAUGGAUAGUAGCUUUUGUCUGUGGUGUAUGUGAAAGGUUUGCUAUGUUGUUUUCUUUAAUCCAAAAGUGUGCAAAAAAACAAACCUGGGAAAUGCUUGAAUAUUAUAGUCACAACAUUCUGUUGCAUUCUGGUACACAUUUUUUCCCUUUCAUUGUUAGUGAAUUGUGUAUGUAGAUUUGGAAAGUGGAUCCUUUUUUUCGACAUAUAUGUCUUAGUGGAACUGGUAUGGGUUGUAGCAGGGGAGGAAAAACUACAAACAAGAAAUGCACACACUUCAUGCAAAUAUACCGCUAAUUAUGCACAGUUUACAUUUCAAAAUGUUCUUAAGAAUAUUUCAUACCUGAAAGUUGCAGUUAAAACAUUAUGAUUUUGGCUGUCUCUGUACAAAAAUUCCCUUCAGGACAUUUUUCCCUCGUGUGUAUUGCUUUAAAAGUAGCUGCAUUUUAAUUUGAGGUUAAAUUUGAUCUAUAUUUGUAUGCAGUGUUUCCUUGUAACCCAUUUAUUAAAAACAUGAUUUACACUUCAGUGCUAGUGGCUAGAUAAUGCACAGACUUUAAUGUUCUGAGCUGUUGAGUUUCAUCUGUGUUUGUACUUGGUCCUGAAUGCUCAUUUGGUGAUUCACCUAGAACUGGAUGGAGGUCUUAGUACGAUUGUUAGUCCGUUGUCAUUAGUAGUUCUCAAAUUUAACAGCAUUAAAAUAUUUCUGUAUCCACUUGUAUACUUAUUUUUUAAAACUUUGUAGGAAGAAAUAAAGAUUCCAUUUGAACUGGC